AUGGGUUGGGACAAGACUUUCUAGCUCCACAACGUUUCGCAUCCUAUUCGUUUAUCUUUCGAAAAAUCGGAGUUUUUAGGACCUUUCUUUCAGUUUCUCAGGCCUGGAUUUAGCUAUUUCCUUCAGCUGCGUGCUCUUUGCAAGGAAAUUUAUCAAUCAUUUAAACUAACAGAAAAGAAAAGGACCGCUGAUUCACUUUUGGUGAAAAAAUUGUUUCACAUCUUAAAAAAUUUCUAGGAAAAGGAACAAACUUUACGCCUCUGCAAAAAGACUUCUGUUCAUUAUAAGUCACUGUUUUCACACGAAAUCACCUGGCCACUUUUUGCCGUCUUCUUUUGAAAAAUUUCCUCAUUUUUCAAACGGCCAGACUUUUCUCCCUACACACAAACGUUGCAAAGCUAUUUGAAGCUGUAGACCGUGGGAAAAUUGCAACCUCCUUCUUGAUGAAGAAAGACUUCCUAGAUGAGGGAGUCUGUUCUUAAGAGAAUGUUCACCAAUUUCCUACUUCCGUCACUUUCAUUUCUCCUGGCAGAAAGAAUACUUCUCCCUAAUCACAAUUGUAUCUUUUAUUGUCAUUGAGACGUUAUUUUGCAACGAGCGCUGUCUAUCUCUGAAUUUUCUUUCUUGGCGCAAGUAAAUCAACUUUCGAAGUUAGGGAACAUCUGACUUCUCUCCCCGAACACAUCUUUUUUAUGGAGAAAUGUAUUCAUUUUUGUUGGAUCGACCACAAUUUUGCAGCUUCAAAGAGUAUUUCUGUACUUUUACGCAAUGUAGUUGGGUCACCAAUCAUUGAUAGGCUGAUCUUUGUUUGCUCAGAACAGGAAAGCCUCAUAAAUUUUUAUUUCCAUCUCUGUGUUAGCUUUUUUUCUGAGAAAUAAUAAUUUGCAUUUUUAUUAAUUUUUCGAGAAGCUGACAAAAAUUAUUAAAGCGCCAAUGACUUCAAUCCUUCGAAACCGCUGUUCCACUAUUUCAUCUGCCAUCUAAUAUAAUAUACAUCAAUUCGUCACGAUCCUUCAGUUCCAUGCAUUUCAAGCACACUAGUGCGGAGUUAUAAACAGACAACAAUUUUAUGAGGACUUUUCAAGAGAGAAUUUUUUUGUAUCAUUAAAUUUUUAUGAACAUUGUUUGAAGCAGGAAACUAAGAAGUCAAUUCAGAUUGCAGGCAUUCUGCAUACGGGUGUAGCCAUGCGGGAUGACCGCUUCGACACGGAAGACGCAGAAUCAGGCAAGCUUUAAUGGAUUUUUGCUUCGCUUUAUUCUGUCUUUUCUUGCGUUUCCAAUAUAAUUGAGGGAGCGUGGAAACGACCCGACUUGAAUUGCUCGGAUUUCAGGAAAAGAUAUCGUUUGGCGGCAUCCGUUACUCGCGCUACUUCUCAUCUCGAUAUGCCUUCUCACUGUGGCGGGCAACUGCCUCGUCGUAAUUGCUGUUUGCACCAAGAAGUACCUCAGGAAUCCCACGGGGUUUACAGAAUACAACUUGCCAGUGGAAAAUAUAUUUUUAUAGGUACCUUAUCAUUUCAUUAGCGAUUGCUGACCUCAUCGUCGGAUUAGUGGUGAUGCCGUUGAACUCGCUUUUCGAAAUGACCAAUCAUACUUGGAUAUUAGGUUUGUCAAUAUUUACCUGUGUGACGGCAAAAGGACCUAUAAAGUGCACCGAUUCGACAUAAAUAGACAAUAAUAAUACUGAGGAAAUUUUCCUGCUGCUGAAAGUAAAUCUUUUCCAUCAAAUGAAUAUCUGCGCGAAAGUCGUUUUAAGUCGGGCGCAUCUUUUAAACCAAGUCUUUUCUCGAUUAUGGAUCAUCAGAGAUAGUUUUUCAACCCUGAAGUUUUUCAAAAAGCUCGAAAAAAAAGAUUUGAAAAAAAAAUUAAAAAAGCAACGUGAGGUUUCAAGGUUUGCCAAUGUGUGAUCAGUUCCACGCCAUGGAUAUUUUGGCUUCGACGGCGUCGAUUUGGAAUUUGUGUGUUAUUAGUCUUGACAGGUAACUUCAAAGCUUCAAAAUCACUGUCAAUUUUUCUCUUCAGAUACAUGGCAGGACAAGAUCCCAUCGGAUACCGUGACAAAGUUUCGAAAAGAAGAAUUCUGUUUGCCAUACUCCUUGUGUGGGUAAUGUCGGCUUUCUUGUCUUUCCCAGGGAUCAUCUGGUGGCGAACAAGUUCUCCUCAUCUCUACCUCAAAGAUGUAAGCUUUUGACAUCUUUUUACGGAGAACUAAACUUUCUUUUACAGGAAAAAUGCCUUUUCACCGACAGUAAGAUGUAUGUGAGCUUCUCCUCGCUUGUCUCCUUCUACAUUCCUCUCUGCCUCAUUCUUUUCGCUUACGGAAAAGUUUUCAUCAUAGCUACUCGACACUCUAGAGGCUUGCGGAAAGGAAUCAAAACGGUAAAUCUGAAAGUCAUAAAACUUAUAAAUCGAAGGUUUCAGAUAAAAUGUAAAACGGGUCGGAAACCUCACACCGAUUCUGAAAGCAUAUUGUCGAGUGAAAAUGAACCAACUCUAAGAGUUCAUUUUGGUAGAGGGAAAAUGUCGAGUAGCAGUAUGCGAUCUGGCAGGUCGCAAGGCCGAGAAACGACACGAUUACUCCUGAAACAGGUAGAAACACUCCGUGAUUUUUUGAAUGUUUUUCUUAAGAUGUCCUGCAAAUCACUCAACGAAAGAGCUGCGGAGAACGGCAAUGCCAAACAACCUCUUUUGCGUUCCGAAACGGCACAAACGGACCUGGUUCCAGGCGUUUUUCGAGUUCGAGGGCCUAAUUUCUCUAAUUUCCCAAGCACAACGUUGAGCGCAGAUAACGCGACAGUGAGUUUCAUAAAUAACUUCUUGUUUUUCAGAAUGGGCUCAAUUUGAGAAACAAAUUAGGAUGUAAGCUGAGAAUUAAGCUCUAGGAACAGCGGUCUUUAAAGAAUAUGAUUUCUGAAAAUGAUUCCUAACAGUUUCAUAGAUAACAAAAUUGUACUCGAUUAUAUUCGUUACGGUUGAUUUUUUUUUAAAUUAAGAGUCGAGCAUAACUAUAGUCACUCUAAAUAGAAAAAAAAAUGUUUUUCAAGUUUUGAGACGAAGAAAUCAAUUUUUCAGGCUGAGAAGAAGCCUCUCUACUCUUCCAACUUAAGCAUGUCCCGUUCGCCUUCGCAACGUCGGAAGCUGAAUGUUAGGGAAAAGUCACGUCAAAUGAUGCGAUACGUACAUGAACAACGGGCUGCUCGCACGCUUUCCAUCGUCGUCGGAGCCUUCAUUCUUUGCUGGACGCCGUUCUUUGUCUUUUCACCUUUGACGGCCUUUUGUGAAUCGGUUGGUUCAGCAUUAAUUGAAGAAGAACAAGGAAAGAAAUCAGCUAAAAAUUCGAAACUAAACUUUCCAUUAACUCUUUUUAAUCAUUCAUACUUUAUUUGAUAGUACUUGAGUAGAUGUAUUCUUUCAUAGAUAAACCAGAGAAAAAAAGGAGUAAAGGUUUUUUUUCUCAUACGGUUCUACCAGUCUUGAAAAAAAAUCUUUAUUGAUUAUAAUCUUAAUCUAUCGGCAAACGAACAUCAGCUUUUUCGACUAGAAUGACCUCAAUUUUUUUUUUGGAACGGUUUGUGAAAGCUAGAUUAUUUCAUCCGCAGGUUACUCGGGCAAAGUCGGAAUGGUGAAUAAUGGUUGUUACGGCUCGAAAAAGGCCGCAGAAAGGCAGCGAAAAAAGAUUUUUAUCGAGCCUUCCAAUUUUUCCAAGACUUAAAAGGCUCAAGGAAUGGUCAAAGAAGGGAAAAGCAGCAAAAAUGGUGCUUAAGAGCCGAUGAAAUGGCGCAAAAAAGCAGUAAAAAGGGGCCUUUGUCACCCUAAAAGAAGCAUUCCUAUAGAGCCUUUUUUGAUCCUUUCCGACUUUGUUUAUUGAAAAAUCCAAUUCUAGAGAAAGCUAAUUUGGAAAAUUCAAAAAUUCGAUGAAAAAAAGAAGAUAACCUUAACUUUGCUAUCAUCCUAUCAAAUCUUGAUAUAAAUCCUUUUUUUCAGUGUUUCUCGCACAAAGAAACGAUCUUCACGAUCUUCACUUGGGCUGGACAUCUGAAUUCGAUGCUGAAUCCCCUGAUCUACUCUCGGUUUUCCCGCGACUUCAGACGUGCUUUUAAGCAAAUUUUGACGUGUCAGCGACAACGCAAAGUCAAAACAGCUUUCAAAACCCCUCUUUCUCUGGUCUUCACUCAGCUUAUCUCGGUCACCCAAAUGUGGGAGCAACCUCAAAAUACCGUUAUUGAUUAA